CAACAAGAUGGAUCACCUAUAGCCUUUUUCGUUAAUCCCUUCCACCCAUCAUCCAUCCCUUUCCGCACACUGGCGCUUGUCGCCCUUAUUCUUUCAUCCCAUCGGUAUUUUGCUGCUUUCCUGUCCAAGGUCGCAUGUUUUGGCGCCUGGUUGACUGUGUAGGCGGUUCAUCGACAUCACUUCCGCUGCCCACCCCUCCUCUCACAUCCAAAAACAACAACCACUUUUCUGUCCACACCUAUCGCGAAACCGGGGGGGUCUUGGUUGUCUUGAUCGGCUUCGGUCCUAUACACUGGGCCCUGACCAGAUAGCCUUCAACUGCUUUGAGCCCACCGUUGGUCCACACGAUCUUAACGUUGGCCCUUCUUCUUUUUCUCCCUAACCCACCUCGCUCCUCCACCUGAUUUGACGCGUGGGUUUCCUUCCCUGCCUUGCUUCCGCUCUGGACCCUGAACAAAUGCCCUCAGUUGUUAUAACCUCUACCACCACAGCAGCAAUAUCUUUUGCAACCAGCUUCUUUUCGGACUUUCUUAGCGUGCUUGGGCCAGCACCCGUCAUAUGAAACACUUGGGAGUAAUUCAACCUCCGCUCCAGAAUCACCACCACCAUCACCACCACCAUCACCAUCACACCAUCACCAAUAUCACCACCGCCUCGACGUUUACACCUCACUCCUGUCCCCGGAACGCCGUAGUCAACCUGCCUACACUGUCUGUAACAGGCGUGUUGCCAUCUCCGGAGCUAUCGUCGACUUUGAUUUCUGCGUGUGCAGAUAUCCGUCCCACAUGUUUAGAGACCCGCUCGGCAUUGUCAUCAAGUCCACCGUGCGCGAGGGAUAUCGCCCCGACUAAAGGCAUCCAAUCGAGACUUGACCCCUUUGCAAUUGAUGCCAUCUCACCCACGCUUGGAUGAGUGACCUCGCCCCCCAUCUCCAGCGCCUGGGCCUCGAGCAGUACCUCGACGCCUUCGUCGGCGAAGGCUUCGAAUCUUGGGAGACUUUGCUCGACAUCCAAGAAACUGAUUUUGACGCUCUCAAUGUCAAACUUGGGCAUCGAAGGAAGCUCCAGCGGGCGAUCGCAGAUUAUCGGGGCAUUUCCUACGAAAGACUAAUUGGAUCCCCGGCUCAAGAGGCGCACCUGGAAACCAUCAGAACCCCCGAGGUUGGACUUCUAUCUCUCGGCGCUGAUCGUGCCUCAGCAUCCGCCCCAGAGGCCAAACGAAAAUACCGCCGACAUCCAAAGCCGGAUGAGAAUGCACCGGAGCGUCCCCCAUCUGCUUACGUCAUCUUCUCCAACAAAGUCCGUGAGGAAGUCAAGGACCAAAACCUUUCCUUCACCCAGAUAGCCAAACUUGUCGGCGACCGCUGGCAGAAGUUGGACCCCGUCGAGAAGGAUCCUUUCGAGGCACAAGCCAAUGCGGACAAGGAAAAGUAUAACAUCCAACUCUCUGCAUAUCGUAAAACAGAUGCAUAUAAAGACUACAUGCAGUACCUCGCCGAGUUCAAAGCGAAGCACGGCCAGCCCACCGAGCAAAAAAGACCCCGGCUUGAACCAGAGUCGAGCGGAAGCAUCAUUUCCAUAAAGUCGGCCGACAUCCACCCGGAUCUGGUUUCACAAGGUUCCAGCCAUAGGCGAACAGGCUCCAUUGGUUCAGUGGCGUCGUCCCCCAACAUUGGUACAAUCCCUGCAGGUCACAACGUCCCCAGUGGUGUCAUGCCCUCUCGCCCGCCAUUGCCCUCGUCUCGCAGUGGCUCACCUCCAUCCACCAUCCAGAGUCGGGACUCCUUCCGGCUUGGUUUGUUGUCAACCCACAGCUCUGUCUCCGACGAAUCACCCCCAGUCCGAAGUGAUCAAGUGGACCCUCUUCAGCGCACAGCAGCCUUGACCAUUAAUUCUGUUGCGGGGACUCCGCCGAUGCAGUCUCAAAGCCUCGGUCAUCCGCAAGCCGAGUCUCUGAGCUCUCCCGACUUGGUUGGGAGAUCACGGCUAGGAUACCACUCGCAACAACAGCAGCAACAACUCCCACACCUCCCACACCAUCAUCACACUCCUUCUCCCGGUCCAGGGUUGCCUGGAGGACCAUUGCAUGGUCAGGCUUCGUCGUUCCCACCAUCGAUGCAAGAUCCGUCGUGGCGGAACCGGCCGCAGGAAGGCCGAACCUUUCACGAGACUUAUCGACCCCCGCAGCCUUCCCUAUAUAACCCUAACCCCAACCCCGGCCCGCCGCAUUUGGGCGGUUCCCAGCUCGCGCCAUUCGCUGGACCGGAUCGCCUUUCCGAUCUGAAUAACCCUUCGAUUCUCAGAACGCUCCCCCCUCUUCGCGGAACGACAGCGGCGAGCCCGAGUCUUCCGCACAUGGGUCGAGGAGAACAGCCACGGCAAUACCCGCCGAUGGAGGUGCUACAACGCGGCUAUCACGUGCCUCAGGAGAGUCGCUCUCGGUUGGACGCUUCCGCGAGUGAUGCUUUGAACACGUUGGCAGGUCUUGCGUCUGGACAUGUGCGGCCUGAGACGGCCAAACCGUUUAGCCCGCCCCCGCCCCGCCACCGCCCCGCCCCUCCUUGACUACCAAGAGACGCGCUCAGAUAGAGAGCUAAUGUAAAGCUCCGACAUGUGUCCAUUUACCAUCCAAGGCAGCAGUAAGACAGGAUCUUCGGCUUACACUCGAUACAUAGAUAUUCAGAUCACUCAUCUUGGUUCUCCGCAUGUUGAUCUACAACGGCCACCAUAUAGCUGGAGGCGGUCACGCGGCCCUUGUUUGGAUUAGCAGAGCUUACGAUUUAGACAUGAAAGUCACGUGUGUCCGUUCCAUCAAGACAAUAAUAUAAACAAUAUUUACCAUCA